AUGGCUGCGAUGCACCCCGGCCACAGAGAGGUCCUCGAGGCCAUGAUGCACACGAGCUACACCGAGAUUCCGGUGGGCAGAAUAAUGGCGGCUCUCCACCACGGCCUCGGUGCCGAGACCUUCCGGCGGGGGAACAAGAUCCAUGUUCGAUUCCGCGCGGGCAGAUGCCGUCUGCGUGGCGCCAACGAGCAGAUCGAGAAGUUCCAUACGCCCCACGACCGUCUGGGCAACGUUAGCGGCCACCACUGUCACAUAAUUGGCCGUUGGAUUAUCAACACCUUCAACUUUGAAGGCCAGCGGUUCAAGCACUGGGAGUGGGAGCUCGUCCUCGAGGAUAUGAUCCACACACGCUACUCCAAGCUGACGCUUGGACGCAUCGAGGAGGCUCUGCAUUACGGCCUCGGUGCCGAGGUGGUUCGCCGGGACAACACGAUCAUCGUUCGAUUCCGCGCGGGCAGGUGCCGUGUGCUCGCCGCGAACGACAACGUUGAAUCGUUUCAUGCGCCUCACGACGGCAGGGGGAACGUUAGUGCCCACCACUCUCACCUAAUCGGGCGUUGGAUAGUGAACAGCUUCAAUUUCGAAGCCAAGCGUUUCAAGCACUGGGAGUGGAACCUGAUGUGCCGUCGUCAGUGGCAGGCGCCCGCUUGA